AUGCCUCUCGACCUGGGUCGUCGUAUCAAGGCGGGAUGGCAAUCUCUUGGUAUCAAUACCAAGAUGGUAUGUAUAAUGUUCAAAGGGUCUAUACCGGUUGCAAUCUCGCUGGGAAUAUAUCAGAGCACUGCUGUAUCUGAGGUCUACACUUCUUUGGGCUUCUUGGUGUCCAUUAUUGCUGUCGUCACUGUCAAUAUUUUACCCCGUGCAAAGUUAAUUCAAAUGACAUUUACGAUAUGCUUCUUCACAGCUAUAGCCAUCCCGGUAACCAUGCUCGCUACCUGGUCGGGAUUACAAGCUCGUUUUAACACCGAUCCCCACGGUUUGAAUAAAUACAACUCUUCACAAAGUGCAAUUACUGGCGUCUGGCUUUUCGUUAAUAUCUUGCUAAGUAAUAGCUUACAAGCGAGAUAUCCAGAACUUCUAAUUCCGACCAUUUUAUACAACAUCUUCGUCAUUGUUCAAUUUACGUCCUGCUCGCGAUUUGACACAUGGAAACAAUGCUGGGAUCUGAUCUACCUCACCAUAAGAUGCUACUAUACUGGUGUUGCCAUUUCUUUUGUAUCCGGAAUACUUGUCUAUCCUGUCACUUGCCGAUCGGAAAUUUUCGAGGUUCAAGAGAAGUAUAUCGAGGCCCUCCGCGACAUGCUGGAUGGGGUUUCAAUAUAUCUGGGUCGCCUAGUUACGACACCAGCUAUUACUCCUGCAAGUGCUGAAACCAGCAUUGAAGGUGAAAAGGGACAACUUGAAUGCGAUGGUCCAGCUUUGCGCCAAAGGAUGGCUUUAGUGAAGAGUCUGUAUACCAAGAUGCACCACGAGCUGGCUAUGGCAAAAAGGGAGAUUGCGUGGGGAAAGCUACGUGCGAAGGAUAUCACUGCCAUCAGUGAUCAUUGCCGGAGAAUCCUGAUGCCUCUGGGCGGUAUGGCCAACCUUCCAGAUAUCCUUGGACGAAUCACAGAAGAUGGUGGAUGGGUUCGGCACGAAGUUGUGCCCAAUUCUGACGAUAAAGACCAAAACUCCGAGUACAAAAGGUCAUAUGGACAAGAGGAAUACGAGAUAAUAUGGCAAAAUUCCAUCACCGCCCUGGUCGAAUCUGCUACAGUCACUGUGGAAGCCAUAAAAGAUGGUCUUGAACAUGCUGCUCUACAACUAGAAAUCAUACCCAGACCGGGGACUAGGUAUUAUUUCUGGUUGCCAGGUGUUAAAAGGACCGAGAAGACAGAUAUUGAAGCCGAGGGUGAGGUUAUUAAGCCUGGAAGCCCGCAGUUUUCAAAACUCUUGAAGGAUAAAUUGGUUGAAUUCUCGACACGGAGAGUCGAAGCCCUGACGGCCUGGGCGGACUGUAAAGGUCUUUCGGCAGCCCAGGUAGAGAAGUUACAAAGCAUGGGUGAUUUUGACAUUGAUGAAGAUCCGGUCGAUGGCCAUGUUCGAUUCCUAAAAGAUCGCCGACAGCUGUAUCUCAUCCUCUACGUUCAAUACAUGAUUUACACCACCGGUGUAGCUGUUUUGGAAUUGUGCAAGUUUUCUGAUACCAUUGUUGCCGAGGGAAUCCUAUCGAGGAACCGUCUCAUUGUCCCCUCCCUUCGAAGACUACGGAAAUGGUUUGUCAGUGUUUGGGAUACGAGAGAGGCAGCUUUGGCCGAUGAUGAUCGACCUAGUUCAAAUAAAGAGGCCAAAUUGCUAUAUGGUGUUUCUAGGCGAAACACACGCAAUAUCGACCACCUUCCACCUAAAAAUUCAUUCGAAAGAUUUGGAAUUCACAUACGAAAAUUCCAAGAAUUCCUCAAAGGACCGGAAUUUAGUUUUGGUUUUAGAUCAGCGUGUGCAACUCUUUCUUGCGCUAUUAUUGCAUAUCUUCAUCAAACCCAAGAGCUUUUUACUCACUACCGUCUCAUUUGGUCGGUCAUUAUAGCAGCCAUUGGCGCUAACAUGUCGGCUGGACAAUCCGGAGUAUCAUAUGUGUUGAGAAUCUUAGGUUCAUUUGCAGCAUUGAUAAUAUGUUAUGCUGUAUGGUAUAUUCCUGAUGGCAAGGUUGCAGGUGUGAUUGUCAUCAUGUGGUUUGCAUCUUUCCUCCAGAUGUACUUUAUAAUCAGAUGGCCCCAGUACAUCAUCGGCUGGCUCGUCGUCUUCAUCACCGAAGUCCUCUCGAUCGGCUACGAGCUCCAAGUAAGCAAGAUUGGUAUUGUGGAGGCAGAAUCCGGAGGAACCGAUGUCUUCCCACCAUACUACGUAGCAGCCAUGCGCGUAGCCUGUGUGUUGUGGGGAACAUGCGUAUCGAUUAUCUUCACCUAUUUCCCCUACCCCAUCACCGCCCGAGGCAUUCUCCGUAGAGACAUGGCAAACAUCAUGCAGCUACUCGCCAAUUACCAUGCUGUGGUUCACAGCACUAUCAAGACUCGACUACGUGGUAACGAGGGCGACGCGAAUGAUAAACAUAGUCGCGGUCGUGUAUUGUCACAUAUGCGGAAAGCAAUGUUCAACAAGAUAAUGCUGUUCAACUCGACGGUCAAUCAUAACGUCUACCUUCAAAAAUACGAACCUACUUUAGGCGGACGUUUUCCCGUGGCGGAAUUCAAAGAUAUCGCGUCACAGCUCACUGUCCUCCUCGACUACAUAUCCCUCCUCUCCUACGCGACCCAAGCCUGGGGCGCCGACGGCCUCGCCACCCAAUACUUCCAGCAAACGCCCACGUCGCGCACCUGGCUCCUCGACCUCUCCCGCCUCAUCGCGCCCCUCUCCCAGACCGAAGAAGGCGUCAUAUCUAUCCUCAGCCAACUCUCCGCCGCCGUCGCCACAGGCCGUCCUCUGCCCCCGGGCACACUACCCCCCGCGCCCUACGCGCUCUCUAAACGCCUGCGCGAACUGGAUCCAGAGGUCUUGCAUAUUAAACAUAUGCAGGAGUUUGGGUACUCGGCGUUUGCGGUCAUGGAGGUCCUUACGGGUAUGAUUACGUUCCGCAUUGGGGGGUUGGUGGAGAAGGUUGAGGCGUUGGUUGGGGUGGUUAGUUUUGAUUUUCUGGACGAGGGGUUGGAUGGUGAUGAUAGUGGGGGGGAAGGGGGGGAAGGAUGA